AUGGAGCGAUACCCCACACCUCCCUCCACGAGUUCUCCCAAACACGGAUAUCACGAUGAUCAUAACUUAGGAGGGGCACGAAACGAAGCUCCAGCUUCAUAUGCUUUCCACAACGAUCACAACGAUCAUAAAUCUACCAUCUAUUCUUCCUUCACAAACGCAUCGACCAUCGUUCCUGCCUCCACAGAAGCAUGGGCAUCCGGUUAUCCAGCGACUAGUUCCAAUAAACCUAUCGACAAACACUCCCAAGAUUUCUUCGGCAUCACAUCCCAAGACCCAUCUUACAACCACCCCAAUCCAAUUCAAUUUGCCGGUCCUCCCCUCCCUACCACCACCGAAUCUUUCAAAUCGCAAGGCCCAAAUGCAAAAAGUUACAGCUAUGACGAUCGUCCAAUAGCCCAUCGACCCGCCCAAGAAACCUACUGGCAAACAACAUCCGAUCCCCCUCAACCCAUCCGCCGCCGCUCCUCUCCCAUCCCAGGUCGCAUCUCUUCUCCCCUCAAGAGACCUCUCUCCCCCUACUCCCUCUCCCGCCCUAAACCUCGUCCGGGCUUCGUAAGACGCGUCGUCUCGCGCUUCACAUCCUGGAUCCGCUCUCUCUUCUCCUGGAUCCGAGCAAAUCCUAUCAAAACCGGUUUAUUAUCCUUCAUCCCCAUUUUACUCGGGACUGGUGUUGUAAAGACCGUGAAAGGAGUGAAACACUUCCUUGGAAAUCGGGCUUCUAAAAGAAAGGAAAAGAAGCACGAACACAAACUUGAGAAAGAGGCAAAGAAAUUGGAAAAGAAAUGGCACGAGGAUAUAUUCGGGGACUUUAAGGGAUUUGCAGGGACUAAGGGGGGACCGCUGGAUGGGAUUCUGAAAAUCGUUCAUAUGUUGGUAAACCACUACUGCAGACUCACACCCUCCAACUUUCCCCGCGCAGCCUCUAUUCUCCUCGAACUCUACUUCCUUGAUAUGAAGAACCUCUAG